AUGGAUGACAUGAGUAAACAAUCUGAUUUCAAGCUAUCGGUUCAGGGGAGUAAUAUCAGGAAUUAUGGUUCUCAACCCAGGUAUAUGAUGUCUGUUAAUCGCCUCCCCAAACAUACUGAUUCUCCUCCUCCUUACUAUAGAUCAGCAAUUAGCUUGGGACCUAAAUCAGGUUCCACAUUAUGGAAUAGCAGCACAUCAAGUCUCGGUGGCAAUGUAAAUGACAGAUCAAGUGACUUGAAUGGUCGUUUUUCAAAACUUGAUCUAAAUGAAAGCACUAAUUCAAGUAAAAAGUUGUGCAACGGUUACCACACUGAUUAUUGCUCGACCAAAAAUCUCCAGUCUAUAGAUCGUCGGGAAUUUUCGGAAAUCAAUAACACUUAUAGCAGCAGGAAUUCUGUACGUUGUUUGGACUCUCCAGUAUCUAAUCCUCCUCGUGCACCAAUUAGUCUUCCAGUAAACUCUCAUCACUCAUAUCACAAAGGUGGGCUUGUGGGCCUUAAUAAUCUUGGAAACACUUGUUUUAUGAAUUCAAUUCUUCAAUGUUUAAGUAAUACAGCUCCACUGACCGAGUAUUGCUUGGAAGAUCGAUUUCUAAAAGACAUCAAUAAAUCAAGUUCCAUGAAUGGGAUGUUAUUUCAUUCAUAUGCUGAUUUAAUGAAAGAAAUUUGGGAUCCUGAUUUGGCUAAUUCUUCCACUAGUCCAAGUCGAUUUAAAAGUCAAAUUCAACGAUUCGCUCCUCGUUUUAUGGGAUAUUCUCAACAGGAUUCACAAGAAUUCUUACGAUAUGUAUUGGAAGGUCUUCAUAUGGAAGUUAAUCGUGUUCAAAAGCGUCCAAAUCCUAUUAAGCCAAAUUAUGAAGCAGAAGAUUGUCUCCCAGACAAUGAAAAGGCUAAUUUAUAUUGGAAACGAUAUUUAUCUAUGGACAAUAGCGAAAUCGUAGAUAUAUUUGUUGGACAAUUAAUGAGUACGCUUGAAUGUGGUGAAUGUUCAUUUAAAUCAACUACAUUUGAUCCAUUUUGGGAUUUAAGUUUACCAAUACCGAAAAAAUCAAAUGUCAGCAUAUUGGAUUGUUUAAAUUUAUUCACAUCUAAAGAAGAACUAGAUGGUAAUGAAAGACCCAUUUGUAGUCGAUGUAAAACUCGAAGAAGGUGUACCAAAAGUUUUUCCAUUCAGAAAUUCCCACAAAUUCUUGUACUUCAUUUGAAACGUUUCUCUGGUGAACGUUUUCGUUCGAAAAUGUCGGUUAUGGUUGAUUAUCCUUUAAGAAAUUUAGAUCUGAUCGGAUUUGCUACUUCAAGUUGCACCCAGAAAUCAGCCCAAUAUAAAUUAUACGCAGUUUCAAAUCACAGUGGAAGUGUUUAUACCGGACACUACACUGCAUCUUGUUUAAAUCCUUAUACAGGUGAUUGGCACUCAUUUAAUGACAGUCAUGUACAUGCAAUCUCAGAGAACUCAGUUGUUUCUGCUGAAGGUUAUGUACUUUUCUAUACACUUAUUCAAUGA